AUGAAGACGCUGGGGUGGUGUGUCGACCCAAAGAUUCAAUUCAAUUUUGUUGAAAUUCUGCACCAUGGUGUAUGAGGAACCAUUUGUGACUUUUCCUGGGACUUACAGGACGCUGAUGUAGUUUGCCGUCAGCUUGGAUACAAGGAAGCUUUAUCAGCAACCGGUGGUGCAGCGUUUGGACGAGGAACUGGUCAGAUAUGGCUGGAUGACAUUAAUUGUGUAGGAAAUGAGACUUCGGCCCAGUGCAGUCACGGCGGAUGGGGAGUUCACAACUGUGAGCAUGACAAAGACGCUGGUGCAGAGUGCCGGCUACUCAAAGUUCGUUUGGUGAGUCCAAACAAUGUACCAUCUUUUGGACGUGUUGAAGUCCAGUUUAAAGGUACGUGGGGAACGAUAUGUGGGGAUAACUGGGGUCAACAAGAAGCAGAUGUGGUUUGUCGUCAGCUUGGAUAUGACGGAGCUUUCUCAGCACCUGGCGACGCAACAUUUGGACAAGGAACAGGUCCGAUAUGGCUGAAUAUGGCACAGUGCGAAGGAGAUGAGACAUCAGUUUCACAAUGCAGUCACGCAGGAUGGGGAGGUCAUAACUGUGGGCAUGACAAGGAUGUUGGUGCGGUGUGUGGCCAGAUAAAAGGUGAAUUCAAUGCUAUACACACUCUUAUUUUUAUAAUCUUAAAGCUUUCAACUCCACGUUAG